AUAAAAAAUAUUUUAUGCUACAGCAGACAUUUCAUAAUGGUGAAGAAGAGAAAACAAAUUGCUGUUAAUAGAGAAACUCGGAAAGGUACCCUAAAUUACUAUACAUCGAAAUUACCACCAACUCCUGAAACAAAAGAAUACAGUAUUUUUACAUCUAAUAAGUUUAAAUUUAUUACUCGUAAUAUCAUUAAAAACGAACUUCUUGCGAAACAAUGACAUGCCUACAUAACCAAAUAAAGACAAAAUGAAACCGUGAGAAAAUAAUUACAUUAUAAACUUCUAUAACCCGAUUGCGAAUAGAAAUUACUUUAAUAGAACUUAAUUGAAGCAAUUUACACAAAUUAUAAAUGUGUGCUUCUAAUGCGUAUACUCACAAUUUGUUUACGUAGCGUGUACUUGAAAUGUUCGUGAACUUCAAUGAGUUAUGUAAAUACAAAGAUUGUAUGACUUAUUGUUAGUGCUAUUAUUGAACAGAAACUUAACGAUGAUACUUGAAAAUGAAAUAUGAACAACGAACUUUUCAAUAAGAUUUUAAUAUGUCAACUUGUCACUCGACUAUUUCGCGAGUAUUUUAAUAAAUUGAUCAAUGAGUAUGAAUCUACCUUGCGUAUUAUGAAAAUCAAUUUUUUUAAAAAAAGAAGGUCUGUACAAAUAAAAACAUAUUACAUUACAAAGCAUAGAUAUUUAGUUAAAAUUUAGUUUUGUGUUGAAUCGUCUAAUACGGCGGAAAUUUCUUAUUAAAAUAUACUUGAAAUUCUUUGCGUAAUUCGAGACGUGUGUAAGUUUGAAUCACUUCAUAAUCUACGGAGCUCAAGUACGGGCUGGUACGAGGUAGUACCGAGCAUUGUACAGUAGGUAACCUGUGGCGCUUGAAAGUUCAUUCAUUCCGUGGGACUUGACUAAGUUCAGUCGGACCGUGUUGCGGCUCACUAAAAGGUGAUGGCUGCUGCGUGUCAUAGAACAGUGACACGAAGUUGACAUAUUGCGCGAAAACGAAAACGAAAACGAAUCGGACGUCUCUUCAUCCCUCGCUCGAAUACCUUUUUAUGGUCUUCGUCAAACCUACUAAUGGCAGGAGAGUUGCAUAGAGAAAGGCUUACGGUUCUAGUUCAACCAACGCUGCUCUUUCAGUCAAGUAUAAAGGAAAGCUCCACAAUGUCCUAUUGCGAUAUUAAAAUUCAUCAACGAUGGAAGAAAGAAAACUCACAAAAUCCUGUGACAUUCUGGCAAGAUUGAAUGGGAAUGAACACAAACCUUUUGAAAAUCAAAAUCAUAAUAUAAAACCAUCUCCUAUCACAUUUGAUGAAGUGGAUGCAGAGAUUUUAACAAAUAGUAAAGAUCUCAUCAAUGAUUCGUCAAAAAUCAAUUGUUGUAAUAUUCCUUCAAAAAUACCAGUACCUUCAAAUGAAAUUCAGAAUUCAGAAAACGACGAGAAACCAUGUUCUGUGAAACAAAAUAAUAAUCAGUUACCCUCACCGACUACUUUACAAUGGGGAAGGGCUAUAGCUGAAGCAAAGGAACAUGCUGUAGCAAAAUUACAAGAUGAACUUAAGAGAGCUCAUGAGGAGCUGAAAUUGAAAGAUGAAGAAGUUACUCGACUAUCGAGGAUCAAGCAGGAUGUUGAAACUGAAUUGGAGGAACUCACUGCCAGCCUUUUUCAAGAAGCGCACAACAUGGUUAGAGAAGCAAAUGUACGUCAGGCUACAGCCGAACGUUUACUGGAGGAAAGUCGUAUGAAAGUUGAGGUUCUGGCUGCUGAAGUCGCAGCAUUGAAAACAUUAGUGUUAACUUCAACACCAGCAAAACCGAACUUUCAUUUACAUCCACAAAUCGACACGAAAGGUCGUUUAAAUGUAGAAGAUGGCCAACAAGGUCUUUUUGCGAGGAAACAUCGAAGGUCACCGUCACAUUUCAAUUUAAAAUACGGUCGAGAACAUUCUCCACCGGACUCUCCGUUAAAAGAACAAAGACCAUCAUUACCAUCUGAUCGAGAGACUUUGGAAAGAGAUUGGAAAAAGGAUUCAGAUAAGGAAAGAGACAAAGAGUGUAAAGAUUUUGGUCUCGAGGUUGAUCCGAGAGUUCAUACAGAGUUUCUUAAAUGGAAAACUAACCCAUGUGUAGAUAAAGAUGAUCCUUUUGUUGACAGAAUUUUUAAAGAAGACAUCGACCUAUGUCUUGAUUUCCCUAAUAAAGAAUUAGGUACAAAAGUUAGACAAGCUGUUCUCGAUGGUAUAAUCUUUAUCGAAGCCAUCAGUGACAAAACUAAAUUUACUUUUCGAAAAAAGUGUAUAUUAUUGGAAGCACCGCGACAAUGUUAUUAUCGCAUGAGACUUGGGGAUCAAGAAAAUCAGUGGUACAGCAUAUCACAAAUUUGUCGCAACCGAAUUAUAGCGGUCUGUGAUUUCUUGAAUUAUCUACGUUAUAUAGAGCGUGGCCUUGUCAAAAGCUCAGUUCAUGAUGUUUAUUGGGAAAUUAUACGGUUACGAAAGGAGAUGGCGUUUGCACGUUUAGGUCUCGAAUUGUCGUCUUAACAUUCUCCAUGGAGGACUUUUUCUAGUCUCAAGUGUAACAAAUUGAGCCAUGGACCUGUUAUUAUUCGUUUACAUCUAUCAACAGUAGAUUGUUACAAAUUUUAAUCGUUCCAAAUAGCCUCGAUCUUUUUUUUAUCCACGAUCGAGAAUUCAUAGAGUAAGUGUUGAAGUUUUAAUAUACAUAUAAAAACUCUUGAAUCCUUCUCUUAUAGCGUAAAACGCUGUCAAUUUAUUUAUGAAAAUAGUAUAUAUCAAUCAGUUUAAAAAUUUUAUUUGAGAUUGUAUUUUCAAAAAUAUCAAGUACUGUUUAUAUCUUCGAGGUAAAAGACUCGUUUGAUGAUCUGAUUUUACUUAUAUAUUAUUUAUUAAUGAAUAUAAAUAUACAUUUUGAUCUGUUCUAAGGUGCAAUGAGAUAUUUAUAAGAUACUGGGGGAACAUGGUGCCUUUUGACUUUUUGCUUAUCGAUAACAUACAAUUAUUUCUUAAUUUCAACCUCAUAGUUAGCAAUGCUUUAGUUGCAUAAUAUAAAAAAUUAUUCUCUUAAUCCUUAUGUGCUACAGUUGGUCUUUCAGACCAUUAGCGAAUUCUAGAUUAAUACUAAAACAUAAAUAAAAACAUAAAUCACCCAUAAUUUCAAUGACUGCGCAUUGUAGUGUAAUUGAGAGAUACAUAGUCCUUCAUGCACUAACUUGUUGUAAGUCAUGCAUGAAAGAAAUGCAGAUAAACACAAAUUUUAAGCAGUCUAAUAGAUCAACUGUAACAUUUAAGUGUUAAUUUUCGUAUAUUUCUUACUUUUCUUAAAUCAUGCAAUGACAACAAGUGGAAUGAAGGUUGUUGUCCUCGCUUAUUUAGGAAAGAAGAGUUAUAGUCUGAAAAGCUUUAGGAAUAAAUUUUUUCCUAAGUUCAAAGUAACUUUAAAUUACUGCUUACAAGUGAGUAUUAUAUUUAGACAUUGACAGUAAUAGGUCAAUUGUAUCUUUAUUUUUAGCGUAUUAAUUAUUAAUGAUCUUUAUUAUUCAUUAAAAUUCAAACGAAAAGGUAUAUAUAUAUAUAUUAUCUUACUUUCUAUGUAUGUAUGCAUAUAUAUAUAUGUUUGUAUA